AUGAAGAUUGCAAGCUUCGCGCUGGGAACAGCUGCCCUGGCCUCCCUUGCUUCUGCACAGUUCCAACCAACACCAUCCGGGAUCACCGUCGCCACUUCCAAGGUCAACAAGGAAGUCAAGAUAUCCUACAAGGAAAUAGAGAUUUGCGAAACGGCUCCAGGCGUCCACUCUUACAGUGGCUAUGUCCAUAUCCCAGGCAGUCUGGUCGGCCGUCUAGGAGGCUAUGACAUGAAUGUUUAUUUCAUGUAUUUCGAAGCACGCAAAAACCCUAAAACGGCUCCACUCGCGGUAUAUCUUGCCGGAGGGCCUGGAGAAGCCUCAUCUUAUGCUGCCCUGAAUAGCGAAAGUGGACCGUGCUAUGUCAACCAUGAAGGCACCAACACGACGAUAAACCCUUGGUCCUUUAGCAACCACGUCAACAUGCUCUAUAUUGACCAGCCCAUCGAGGUUGGCUUCUCGUAUAGCAGUCUCAUCAAUGGAACGUACAACACGACCUCACUGUUGGUGACACCAGACAAUGCCAACUCAACUUCACUGCCUCCUGGCUAUGGGACAUUCUCUGAUCAAGCCGCAUCCACUACAGCGAACACAACCGUGGCCAGUGCCAGAGGCUUAUGGGUUUUCGCCGAACAUUGGUUUUCUUCCUUCCCAGGGUAUGACACUUCCUCCAAUGAUAUUAGUUUCUGGGGAAAUUCCUACGGCGGUUUCUAUGUUCCCGAAGUUGCAGCUACCGUCAGCAAGCAGCUCAAGAAGCUCACGACUUCCCAUCCUCUAAGGCAAAAGGACCUCAAGGUUGAUGCAAUAGGGAUCACGAACGGCUGUGUCGACUUCUACUAUCAAAUGGAAGGCUUUCCUGAAUACGCAAACAAUAACACUUAUGGCGUCAAGUUCUAUAACGACACGACCUAUCGAGAGAUCCAGAAUAAUAUUACUAAGCCUGGCGGCUGCCUUGACAUGACCAAGCAGUGCCGCCAUGCAGGCGAAGUCGGAGACCCGGACUAUACCGGCAACAAUGCAACGGUCAAUGAAAUCUGUACCGACGCAUACUAUUAUUGCGCCUCUUGUAUCGAAUUGCUGUACACGAUACAUAACGUAUCCACCUAUGACAUUGCCAUCGAGACUCCAGGGACCUGUGCCUACUAUCUGACGGUGGGGGAAUACCUCAACAAGCCCGAUGUACAGUCCGCUCUUGGAGUCCCUCUCAACUGGACAUGGUACUCUAAUGAAGUGGCAUCAGCUUUCACAGGCCUCGCCGGAACGGGUGACGCCUUCCGACAAUCUAAUUUGCCGAAUCUCGAAUAUCUCCUCAAUGAAGGAGUCAAGACUGCCCUGAUAUAUGGAGAUCGCGAUUACACUUGCCCCGUGACAGGUGCGGAAAUGCUGGCGAAAGCGGUGCCAUGGAAGAAUCGAAAAGGUUUCGCUGACGCAGGUUACCAGGAACUCAAAGGGUUAAGCCAGAGUGCCAAGGGAGGAGUCGCUAAACAGUAUGGUCGACUUUCGUUUACGAGAGUGUUUGAGUCUGGACACCAGGUCUCGGCGUAUGCUCCUGAGGCUGUCUUCACAAUCUUCGACCGAACGAUAUUCAAUAAGGACGUAGUCACGGGCGGGAAGGGUGUGGGACCUGAUUAUCACACGACCGGCCCAAAAGAAAGCUCGGGUUGGAAGAGCAAGCUGCCUGGACCCUUCCAAGAUGUUUGCAUGGUGGAGGGCAAUUUCUCAUCGAGCAGAAGCUUCGCUGCCCCCGAUUGGUGA